ACAUUAAGCCAGAGGCAUCUCCUGGUUACCGAAAGAUCUGAAGAAGUGAAAACUCCAGCAACAAUGGUGCUCUCCAGCCACAACAAACAGGUUAUAGAGGAACUGGGCAACCACAUCAAGGCAAAUGCUGAAGCUUGGGGUGCGGAUGCUUUAGCCAGGCUGUUUGAGCUCCAUCCUCAAACUAAGACAUAUUUCAAGAAAUUCAAUACCUACAAAGCCUCUGACCCAUCUGUCAAAAAGCAUGGUGGCGUGGUAAUGGGAGCUUUGGCGGAUGCAGCCCACAGCGUGGACAACCUGAGUAGUCACCUGGAACAUCUGGCCAAGAAACAUGGUGAAGAACUUCUUGUGGAUCCUCAUAACUUUCAUCUGUUUGCUGAUUGUAUCAUAGUCACCCUGGCCAUUCACUUGCCUGGGUUCACCCCUGCAACCCACUGUGCUGUCGACAAAUUCCUUGAGUUGGUUGCACAUGAAUUGAGCUCCAAGUACCGUUAAAGACACAAUCAACAAACCAUGGUGAAUGACUGCAAGAUCAUCACUUAAAUCUCCUCCUGCAUGUUUUCUCAAGCUAUCUGCUAAUAAAUCAUUAGUCCUGUAAACACACAUAUUGUGUUUGCUUUUGCUCCUGUUCUUUAACUAAUUCCACAUUUUGGUAUUGAUUAAUUGUCAUAAUUGGUAAACUGAGCUAAAUAAACUUUAAAUUCAAUCAA